AUGACGACGAACGUCGCUCCGGCAGAUUUGCUCCGAUCCCUCUCCCGAGUUGAUCUACUCGCCACCAUGAGAGAAAAGACGACUGGUUCAAGAGAUCAUUGGCCAUUGAGCUACGCGAUCAUCCUCGCGACGACGCUAGUAUUUAUCGGGUUUCUCGUGAAGUUGAUUUCGGAGACGAAGAGGAGAAGAAGCGGAAGAGGAGGUGGCCGUGGCGGGUGCAAGAUGCCACCAGGGAGUACGGGGUGGCUACUCGUCGGAGACACCUUCGCCUGGUUCGGCGCAGUGGCGAGUUCGCACCCGCCUCAAUUCGUCGAGCAACAAGUCAAAAGGUACGGGAAGAUAUUCUCGUGCAGCCUGCUGGGGAAGCGGGCGGUGGUGUCGGCGGACCCGGCAUUCAACCGGUUCGUGAUGCAGCAUGAGGGGAAGCUGUUCCAAUCGAGCUACCCGAAGUCGUUCCGGGACCUGGUGGGAAAGAACGGAGUGAUCACGGCCCAAGGAGAGCAGCAGAGGCAGCUCCACGGCAUCGCUUCCAGCAUGAUGCGCCUGGAGAAGCUCAAAUGCCACUUCCUGGAGGACAUUCAGCUUGUCAUGCUCCGGAGCAUCUGUGAGUUUCCGGACAAUCAAGUCAUCGUCCUCCAAGAUGUUUGCAGAAAGGUGGCAAUAAACCUGAUGGUGAAUCAACUGCUGGGGAUGACCAGCGAGUCGGACAUCGACGACAUGGCUCGGCUCUUCUCCGACUUCGUCGAUGGUUGUCUCUCUCUUCCCAUCAACUUGCCCGGCUUUGCCUACCACACUGCCAUGAAGGCUAGGAGCAACAUAGUGAGCAAGAUAAACGAGACAAUCGCGAAGAUCAGGAAACUUCAAGACUCAGCAGACGUGGGCAAUGGCGUGCUCGGAAGACUGCUCGACGAAGAGAGCCUUCCCGACGAAGCCGUCGCCGACUUUGUCAUCAAUCUGAUCUUUGCCGGGAACGAGACCACUUCGAAAACCAUGCUUUUCGCCGUCUACUUCCUCACUCAGUGCCCUAGAGCUUUGAAGGAACUCCAGGAAGAGCAAGAGGGUUUAAAGAGGCACAAUGCAGAUGAAGCUGAGAUGCUCACAUGGCAGGACUACAAAGCAAUGCCCUUCACACAAUGUGUGAUAGACGAGACACUGCGACUUGGGGGGAUUGCAAUCUGGUUGAUGAGGGAAGCCAAGGAGGACGUUGCAUAUCAAGACUAUGUCAUCCCCAAAGGAUGCUUCGUCGUCCCAUUCCUUUCGGCCGUUCAUCUGGACGAGGACUUGUACCCCGGAGCUCUCAGCUUCAAUCCCUGGAGAUGGUUAAACCCCGAAAAUCAGGAAAAGAGAAAUUGGAGAAAUAGUCCAUUCUAUGCACCGUUUGGUGGAGGUGCUCGAUUUUGUCCUGGCGCAGAGCUAGCUCGACUUCAGAUUGCUCUCUUUCUCCAUUAUUUUGUGACUAAUUACAGGUGGACCCAAUUGAAGGAAGACAGGAUGUCCUUCUUCCCAUCGGCGAGGCUAGUCAACGGAUUCCAAGUGCGCUUGAACAGGCAAAGUCAACUCUGA